UUCUGGAAGGUCCAGAAAAUGACCGACUCCUUGAUAUGAAUCUUGGGAUUGUUGGGAUCAGGUACCCAGCGAUGAAUUCUCCUUCCUGGUCUCAGCACGACUGUAACGAUCGCAAGAGAUGAGACCAUCGACUCAAAACAAUAACGUCGCCGAGUUCAAAGGCAACACUCAGAGCCCCUUCUCCUUUCGUUCCUUCUGGUACUUCUGAAUUUCUGUCUUUGGAGAUCUAAAACUCCGAUCGUUUGGUUCAACAUCACCGGAAGAUAUCAACCCGAGACUUCGGGGGGUUUUUGUCUUCAGCACAGGGAAAAUGGUAUUAGUCACGGCCGCACGGGAUUACGUUAACCGGAUGUUGCAGGACAUCUCGGGCAUGAAGGUUCUUAUACUCGAUUCUCAGACGGUCAGUAUUGUAAGUGUUGUGUAUUCUCAGUCGGAGCUUCUUCAGAAAGAAGUUUUCCUGGUGGAAUUAGUAGAUUCUAUUUCCAUGUCCAAUGAGUCCAUGUCACAUCUCAAGGCAAUUUACUUCCUACGGCCGACGUCAGAGAAUAUUCAGCAUUUGCGACGUCAGCUAGCUAAUCCUAGAUUUGGAGAGUACCACUUGUUUUUCUCCAAUAUGUUGAAGGAUACACAGAUCCACAUCUUAGCUGAUUCGGACGAACAAGAAGUUGUUAACCAAGUUCAGGAGUUUUAUGCUGACUUCGUUGCAGUUGAUUCUUACCAUUUCACCUUGAAUAUCCCCUCAAAUUGCUCGUAUAUGAUCCCAGCAGUUGUAGAUCCUUCAGGUUUGCAACGCUUUUGUGACCGCGUUGUUGAUGGCACUGCAGCACUUUUUUUGGCUUUGAAACGGAGGCCCGUUAUACGAUAUCAAAGGACCUCUGAUGUUGCAAAAAGAAUAGCACAGGAAACAUCAAAGCUGAUGUACCAGCAGGAAAGCGGUCUUUUUGAUUUUAGACGCAUGGAAGUUUCUCCUUUGUUGCUGAUAGUUGAUAGAAGGGAUGACCCUGUGACUCCUUUGCUGAAUCAAUGGACUUAUCAGGCUAUGGUUCAUGAAUUAAUUGAUAUUCAAGAUAACAAAGUGGAUUUAAGAAGCAUUGGAAAAUCAUCCAAAGACCAACAGGAGGUUGUCCUAUCUUCAGAGCAAGAUAACUUCUUCAAAGCUAACAUGUAUGAGAACUUUGGUGAUAUUGGAAUGAACAUAAAGCGGAUGGUGGAUGACUUUCAGCAAAUUGCUAAAAGUAACCAGAAUAUCCAAACCAUAGAAGACAUGGCUAAAUUUGUUGACAACUACCCUGAGUACAGAAAAAUGCAUGGAAAUGUCUCAAAGCAUGUGACAUUGGUUACAGAAAUGAGCAAGAUAGUUGAAGAGAGAAAGCUCAUGUUAGUGUCACAAACAGAGCAAGAAUUGGCCUGCAAUGGUGGGCAAGUGGCAGCUUUUGAGGCAGUUACGGAGUUCUUAAACAAUGAAAAUAUUUCUGAUAUUGACCGUUUACGGCUAGUGAUGUUGUAUGCUUUGCGCUAUGAGAAGGAGAGUCCAGUUCAAUUGAUGCAGCUUUUCAACAAGCUGGCUUCUCGGUCUGCCAAAUACAAGCCUGGGCUUGUCCAGUUCCUCUUGAAGCAAGCGGGUGUUGAUAAGCGAACUGGUGAUCUCUUUGGAAAUCGAGAUCUUUUGAAUAUUGCUCGUAACAUGGCACGUGGACUGCAGGGGGUUGAGAAUGUCUACACCCAGCAUCGGCCUCUUUUGUUCCAAACCAUGGAAAGCAUAACCAAGGGGCGUCUAAGAGAUGUGGAUUACCCAUAUGUUGGAGAUCAUUUUCAGCAGGCCAGACCCCAGGAUGUGGUUAUUUUUGUUGUUGGUGGGACGACAUAUGAAGAGGCACGUUCUGUUGCUCUGCAGAAUGCCAGCAAUUCCGGAAUUCGUUUCAUACUUGGUGGAUCCGUAAUACUCAAUUCUAAAAGAUUUAUUAAGGACUUGGAAGAGGCCCAGAGGAUUACUAAAUCCAGUGCGAGUGUCGUCUGAGGAAAUUAAAUCAAGUGCAAGUGUGUGAUCUGAAGUUCAAUUUCUUCCUAUUUAGCAUCUCCACACCACAUCCAUAUCAGCUGAAUAUUGAAAUCGUGUGAUUGGAAUCGGUGAAAUUGUGGCCAGAAUUUCAGUAGUGGCUAGAGAGGGGUGUAAAAUGAGGGGUAUUGAUUGAUAAUACACAAGUCAGCCUGUGGUAUUGCCUAAAAACCCCUAAAAUUCUACUUAGGUGAUGAAGUCUCGAGAAAAAAAGGCAAUGCAAGACCAACCAAUUUUUGUAUGAAAGAUCUGUAAUAUACACUAUUAUGCUGUAUGGAAGAACAAAGAAAAACAAGAGGAGAUAAAUAUAAGUAGUACUCCUUUUUUUUUCCCCUUAUACACCACUUGAUGUAUACUACAAGGUUUCAAAGAACUUGAUUGCUA